AGGACUGUAGCAUCUUCAUAUAGCAUACUUUUACAAAUUUACUUCUCAGUAUAUUAAAAAAGAAUCUGGGUCAAAAUCUAUCAUGAAGAGUUUUAUGGUCUUUCUGGCCGCGUUUGCGACGGGGGCGAGUCAUGUACUAUCAGCCGCCUUCCGAUCUUCCGCGUCCCCGGGCUACAUCCAGCUGUUGGUGGAGCAGCGGCGAAACAUCGCACAGAGCCAGCGCAUUUCUGGCGUUGGGUACUGGAGCGCUACGGGGCACCAGGAGAUGCGCGCGGCCUACGAGGACUUUAUUAUGCGUGGUUCCACAAAAAACGCGGCUAAGCACGAAAGCAACUGGGGCUAUCGUGUGGAUGACGCGCAGAGGAAAGCAAGAUUGACCUGGGGAGCAGCCGUCCACGCAGCACCGGCACAAGCAACCGCGAAAAUGGUGGCCCAGUUCUGUCUACUUGAAGAACCGUCUGACAUAAAAAGAAUCAGCUACGAUCCAGCCACAGACCAGUUCGCCUUCGGAAACGACGACGAUCCUCGGGCAACGUCACAACUACGGGAGCAGAUGGGGGAGAUGAUGCCAACUGCAAUUAGAAACACGGAGCGCGAAGCCGUCUAUCCGAGGUUUGCGGAAGGCUGCCGCGAAUAUUCUUCCUGCGGGCACAAUGAUGAGCGGCGAGCCGUACUCGCUCCGGAAGGCAAGUUCGGUGCGGCGUUCGUUGACUGGCUCGCGGUGAACAUCGCUCUGCCCAUCAAGAGCUUCACUGACCAAGAACCUGACCAUUUUUGUUAUUUUCUGUACCGGGUUGCGCAGGAGGUGGAAGAUGAAACUCCGCAGAGAUGUGCUGCAGAACGAGUUGGAGGACAAGGACAACAAGCGGGACACGAAGCGUCUUGCUCCGGGAGGGUGCGCGGGCUGCUUGCAGUGGAGCGCGCGCUGUUGUUUCUCAAGAUGAGCGGGCUCGGGGCGUUCUUUGCCGAGCACGGAAUAAAAAACCUGGACCACUGGGGGGAAACCGUCACACGCAUGGUGCGACUUGGCGACGAUAGUCGUGCAGCCGACGCGCAACAGUUGGAUGGGCUUGGCUUUCUAGAUCCAACAGGAGCUGCGCCUCGAUUGGCAGGCCGGUAUGCGUUGCCAUUGUACCGGGCAGGAUACUAUCCAUACAAGUGGUUCUUUCGGGGCACAAAGUCAUCUGAUGUUGACGAUGUAGAAAGCUGCACAACUGGACUUGUGCCGAAACAUAAUUUUUUUUCCGACGCAAGUGCGUGCCGGUCCGCUCGUAGUACACAAGAAGAGGAACAACAAGCAGGCGGAGCGUUCGGGCCUGUAGAACACCGCCUGCCAUACCUAUCUGAGCUCGAGGACGACAACAAUUCGCAACUGUACACAAUCAUCCCCGGGGAGGUGAAAUACUUAUUCUGGCCGAUGACUUCUACUACAAGCGAACCCAGGGCGGGCCCUCUCAUCUUUCGCUCCCUAAAAUUAGACUCCUGGAGCGACAGCGAAAAAGUCCCGUCGAGAAUUGCAAGUAUUUACAAGGGAAUAGAAAACCGCCACAACCGUCACCCCGAAGCCCAGACACGAGGCGACCCGUAUUUCGUGCUACUCACAGCCCUGGAGACGCCCGCUGCCGAGACGCCAGAGGCGGCGCUAAGGGCACUGAUCAGCGACAGCAAGCGGACGCCUGCCCUCCCGGUGACCUUCUUCUCUGGGCACCCUACAGAAUACGAGUGGAAUCUGCUCUCUGGCGCUGGUCAUCUCGAGAUCACGGCAGUUGUGCCGUUUCAGCAGUCGGAGUGGAGCGUUGGCAAGAGACAGGAUUUUUUCGCUCCAGGAUCUGAGGUCCACUUGACCGUGCUGGCAGAGCAAAUCAACGGGUCGCUCAACCCGAGUGCGGGCGUUGCAGGGAGCCCGGAGACCUUCACGGCAGCGAAUCUCCGGAAGGUGCUGCAUGCGCACGAGAAUCUGGGCCUCGCUGUGGGUUUCGGAGGCUUCAUCGUAGGGAAGCUUUUCGAUCAAGCCACGACGAGAACCAUGCCGAUGCCAAAAUAGAGGCAAAAGAAGAUGAAGCCUGCACAGGUAGAAGGACGAUUCACAUUCAGCUGGUAUUCUGGACUCCGGCUCCUAGUACUUCAGCAACUUGGAUUAGAGGAGCUAGGUACUUCUACUAAGCUACUUUCAUGCAAGAAGAUGAAAAGAAACAAGCACUCCUAGGUGGUGGAGUAGUUGUAGUCCUAGUCGUUAUCCCCUCUAGUAUUAGCUGAUCAAGAAUGCAAGAAGGCAAUUCUCGCAAUCAGCUCGACCUCGAACAUCGUCGCGAGCGAGCUCCAUCGUGCUCUGCAAAGCCCCCGCUAGUCCUUACAUGAACAGGGAAAGCCGAAGGCAACACUGCCGAGCCGACUACAAAUAUGCUCUAUACAAUCGCGAGGAGCUAGCGCAGGGACGACGGCGAGGCCUCGUGCGUUAUUGCCUAUUUGUAAAAAAACCUCACUUGGGUGCUGCGUCAGUGUUUGUUCCUCGGGGUUGGCGCCAGGUGCCUCGCCUGGGUGCGGGCUUCGCU